UGGGAAAUUUAUAUAAAUGUCAAAACAAAAUAAAACUGGCCAAAUGCCAUAAAUACAUACUUAUAAACACUGUCUUCAAGCUUAGUGCGCUGGACUUUUUGUCUUCAAAGACCUGAGAUUAUUUUUAAAAGCUGCUGAAGUGAGCUCGCUCGCGAGAGCUGACUUUUUCGGAUUUAUGAUGACAUCGAGCCUGUUAGCGCGCAGAUGUUUGGAGACGGCUCGCGCUGCUCUCUGAUUGGCCCGGGAGCUCCCAACGACACUUCAAAGGCGCAAAGGAUCUACAACUGGUAAAGGAAACGGAGACGAAACCUCAGACUGAUUGGAUCCAGUCAGGGCACACACACACACACACACACCUACACACACACUCAGAGACAAACACAUUGAUCCCCGUCAGAGGAAGACAUCACCGCUCAGUUUAUGGCUGCACCAUUAGGCGAAGAACCAAGGUUGGGCAGCACCCCGCUGGCAAUGCUGGCCGCCACCUGCAGUAGAAUCGGGGACCCGACCCCUUCCUGCUCCCCUGCUGUGUCAGACGGAGUCCCGGUAUUCACCAAAGGGUUUCAUACCUGGAAAAAGACUCUCCAGGCCAACAGCAGUGCGAAUUCAGUUUCCUCUGGGAUCUCCAGGAAUAAUGGUCCGGGACUGACAUCAGAGGCCUCCAGCGCCUUCUCAGUGACGCUUCCAAGCUCUUCUUCAGGGAGUGAUUUUUCGCUGUACCACAGCGCCGUGCCGUCCUAUGAUUACGAUGUUUCUGACUCCGCGUCCGCUCAACGCCCGGUGUUCAUGCCAAAAUUUCCACCCUCGGUGGAAGGCAUAGCAGGGAUUUACCAGAGGAUGCAUCCUUACGACCCCUGGAUAAAGCCAGCUGGAGAGGUCAGCAACGGGACUGCGGUAUGGUGGGACAUGGGCACCAGCUGGGUGGACUCGCAGAACUCAGCCGGGUUACAGUGCGCCUUGAGCGGCUACAGUAACGACUACAGCCCCGCCUACAGCACCGGUGCGUCUCAGCACCUGUUCCCCAGCCCGCAGCACAUGUUUGACGGCUUCCGGCCACCUCCCUACACGGAGUCUACGAGCGCAGCACCACCUCCUCCUCCUCCUCCUCCGACGAGGACCCCUGCUGUUCCUCUACCCAGCCCCUCCCGGCCCUCGUCGCGCAAAUACGCUGGUAGAGCUACCUGCGAUUGUCCAAACUGUCAGGAGGCAGAGAGACACGGUCAGGGGGGUUCGAGUCCACGGCGGAGGGGCGUGCACAGCUGUCACAUCCCGGGCUGUGGAAAAGUUUACGGCAAAACCUCCCACCUGAAGGCGCACCUGCGCUGGCACACAGGGGAGCGGCCGUUUGUCUGCAACUGGCUCUUCUGCGGGAAACGCUUCACGCGCUCGGACGAGCUCCAGCGACACGUGCGCACGCACACCGGCGAGAAGCGCUUCGAGUGCCCCAUGUGCCAGAAGCGCUUCAUGCGCUCCGACCAUCUCAGCAAGCACUUGAGGACGCACAGUUCUGAGGGCUCCGAAGGCUGCGUCGACCCGGGGUCCCAGAAAGGGAGCGGCGACACGGACAGGGGCGCCUCUAGUUGCCCGGGAGAGUCACCGGGCCCGGGGAAGGGCGGCCAGAGCGAUAAGCUCGAGAGACCGUCGGAAAAACAGUCACAACAUGUGGGAAUUUGACGACAGCAGCCUGAAACGGGUUUUCUUUGGACACUAACAGACUGAAAUAGCACUUUAUGGUUAACUUCAGUUGUGACGUGUGUGAACACUGUCUCCUUACCUCAUCUGAUCGUCGCAGACUUAAAAGAAAUGUUUGCUUCAGUUUCUUGCUGCACGUUUGAUACAUUGCGCCUAAUUUAUUCCAUGUGCUUUUCACAUUCAAUAAUUCUUUUGAAUCAUCCUGAUAUCAUCUGACAAGUACGCACAUAUUUAAGUUUGUGUUCUUAAAUAUCUUACUUUGCAAAACUAAAUUGUUAUAAUUUAUUAUUGCUUGUACCUGGCAUUAAAUUGAUAAAACAGGAGAAA